AUGGCACGGAGCCCAGCUCAAAUCGCUAUCCGGUUGAUCGCUCUGCUCCUUCUGCUUCCAGUGGCGUGGUCGGCGACGUUCACGAUGACCAACAACUGCGGCUACACGGUGUGGCCGGGGCUGCUGUCGGGCGCAGGCACGGCGCCGCUGUCGACGACGGGGUUCGCGCUGGCGCAGGGCGCGUCGGCGACUGUGACCGCGCCGGCGAGCUGGUCCGGGCGCAUGUGGGCGCGCACGCUCUGCGCCGAGGACGCUGCCGGCAAGUUCACCUGCGCCACGGGCGACUGCGGCUCGGGCGCGCUCCAGUGCAACGGCGGUGGCGCUGCGCCGCCGGCCUCGCUUGUGGAGUUCACGCUCGACGGCUCCGGUGGCAUGGACUUCUUCGACGUCAGCCUGGUCGACGGCUACAACCUGCCGAUGCUGGUCGUACCGCAGGGCGCUGCCACUGCCGCCGCCGCCAGCUCCACGAGCGGGCCCAAGUGCAUGGCCACCGGCUGCCUCGUCGACCUGAACGCCGCGUGCCCGGCCGCGCUGAAGGUCACGUCGACGGGUGCCGCCAGCAGCGCGGUCGGCGGGAGCGCCAUGGCGUGCCGCAGCGCGUGCGAGGCGUUCGGCUCCCCGGAGUACUGCUGCAGCGGCGCGUACGGGAGCCCCAACACGUGCCGGCCGUCGGCGUACUCGCAGUACUUCAAGAGCGCGUGCCCCCGCGCCUACAGCUACGCGUACGACGACUCCACCUCCACCUUCACCUGCGCCGCCGGCACCAACUACGCCAUCACCUUCUGCCCAAGCACCACCAGUGGGAAGUACACCGACGAGAACCCGCAGGCUGCCGGCGUGCCGCCCACGAACGGCACGAUGGUGUACCGCGGCGGCGAGCAGUUCUCAACGGGCGGCGGCGCCUCCAUUGCCGCCCAUGCGUCGCAGCUCCUCCUCGCGGUGGCCGUCGCCGUCGCUCUGCUCCUACUGUAA